GUCGCCACACGUGUUGCCGACGCGGCGCAUCGCGCACACGCGUACACCGCAUUCGUUCGCUCCAUCCGUUUCGUCCGUCGCAGGCGCCUCGCCGUCCGGUCCGCCAGCGCCGUUUGCGUGCGUAGUACUUUAUGGGUAUUAUUUUGGGCGAAACGGUUUUUGUUUUCGGUUCGGUCUGACGAUGUCCGUUCGGUUGACGAUUUGCGUGUGAGACCUAGUACCUACAGCAAUAAUCGUCGUCGCCGGCAGACUCGUCCGCAGGAUAUCCCGGUGAGACACUGCCCAAAUUAUGGAACACGAGCUUGGUCGUUGAAGAAUUACAUGAUUCCAGAAGAUCAACAAUAAUAUGUCAUCCAUUGGAUCUGAAGACCGACCGUUCAUAUUCCGAGUCAACGAAAACGGCACUGGCCCAGUUCUGCUCAUACAGGUGUGCCAAGAACGUGGCUGGAAGGAAUACGAAGGAACUAAGAGCGGCGACUCCGCGUGGUCGGUGCCGGCGGACGAGUAUUGGAACCUGUGGUGGAAAUCGACCGGAUUCUCGUUGUCACACUAUAAACAGCAGAAAAUAUGGCAGUUCAACAAUCAUAUACCCAGUGGAUCAGCAUUAUGUCGAAAAGACAACUUGUGGCGGUAUCUAAAAUGUAUGAAGAAUGUAUUCGGCACGUCACUAUUUGGGUUCAGCCCAGACUCCUACAAUCUACCACUAGAAUAUACAAAGUUAGCUGCUGAAUGUAGUCACGACACCGACGUAGGUGAAAAGUCAAUUUGGAUAUGCAAACCUGUUGGCCAAAGUCAAGGAAAAGGAAUAUCUUUGAUUUCGCAAAUUGGUGAACUCGUUUAUGACACCAACAUCGUGGUCCAGAGGUACGUGAAGAAUCCUAUGCUCAUCGGUGGAUACAAGUACGAUUUGCGGCUAUAUGUUCUAGUGCCGUCUUUCCAUCCACUCACCAUAUACAUCUACAGGGAGGGGCUAACCCGAUUCAGUACUGACAAGUAUUCACUGAAUAAUCUCGAUAACCACUUUGCGCACCUGACUAAUAGUUCGAUCAACAAGCUAGGACCAAACUAUUUGGAAACCAAAGAAAAAAUUGGACUCGGAUGCAAAUGGACGUUCCAACAGCUCCGACAACACAUACGCCAAGCCGGAGUCAAUGAUUGGCUAUUGUGGCAAAAGAUAUCAGUUCUCGUUAGCCUCACGUUGGCCAGCCAAUGUACAAGCAUACCAAGCACGUCAAAUUGUUUCGAGUUAUACGGUUUUGACAUAUUGGUCGAUUCUGAUCUAAAGCCUUGGCUUCUAGAGGUGAACCUCAGUCCUGCUCUGGGUAACGAUUGCGACGUGGACAAUCGUGUGAAAAAGCCGUUGCUGCACGACAUGUUCGAUCUACUCGGGCUGCCGAUGUGCAACACCGGACUGUCACUGUUCCGGAUGGCGUGCAGGUCGGCGUCUGGGCCACGGUUCGGCGAUGGACGGCCGACAGCGUUGGCCGCCGCGGCCACGGAAAAGUGGAAGUCGAAACGCAAGACGAACAAUAACAACAACAACAGCGCCGCCGCCAACAACAACAGCAACAACAACAACCACGUCAACAACAUCAACGCCGCGAAGAAGGACGGUGCGGCGGCGGCGAUGACGUCGACCACACAGACGCAAUCGUCUGCACGGCAGUCGACACUGUACGGCCCGGGCAAGCAGCGCGGCGCGACCACGGCCCAAGCGGCGGAGGCCGCCGACCUUUGCAACUCGCCUUUUUCGUCGCCGAUUUGGGGCAACGGCCUAGACUGGAGCAGGCCCGUCGACUCGGAGGGCGACUGGGUCCGGGUUUUCCCGUUCGUGCCGUCCCCGCGACAGUUAUCGCGGACCGGCAUCCGGCCGCCGCCGCCGCCGCCACAACAGCAACAGUUCGCCCGCCGGUCGGCGUCGUCGCCGCCGUCCGACACGAGCUCGGCUCGGGCCGCCAUCAAAACGAUUCGAGAGUACUUGAAAUGCUGCAAGAAGGUGGCCAGGUCGUGCGACGGCCUGUCGCCCGUGCCGGACGAAGAGCUCAACGAUCAGCUCAGAGAUCUGUUCCCGGCCGCGACCAAGACGUGGUUGCCGCCCCUCUGAAAGACUUUGUAUAAUUAUAUUUCCACCAUAAUUCGCACACACUACGCCAACCCUUACCUACUUAAAAUUUAUGUAAUUAAUAUGAUAUCAUUGAUAUCUUAUGUUAAAAUAUCGAUUGUUAUUGCCUCGUUGCGUAUACGUAUUAUAAUAUCGUUGUUUAUUUUAUAAUAUUAUUGUUAAUAUAUCGAUAAUAUAUAUUUUUCUAUGAUAUUAAUUAUCGACGAAUACGGUUUUUUCGAAUUAUUAUCAACUAUUAUGUUAACAAUGUAGCUUUAAGUAGGUAAAAAAUUAUUUUAAUAUGUUUCUUAUUUUUGUUUUUUUGUUUUUGUACUCUUCUCGCCCUUU